AAACCCCCAGUUGGUUGUCCCUGCCGUCUCGGAAGGGUUAGCACAGAGCCAGGUCCGUUUUUGAUGGAUGUAAUUGAAGAUUUAUAGAGAAGGCUUCUCCUCUGCCUCAUCUGCAGUCAUUUUUUUCCCCAAUGCCAGUUCCCAGCAGGCAUAUAAAUAUCGGUCGUUCUCAGAGCUGGGAUGCUGCCGGGUGGUAUGAGGGCCCCUGGGAGAACGCCGAGUCCCUGCGGGCUCUGGGGAGGAGAAGCUCUCUGACGUAUGGCGCAGGCGAGGGGACUUGGUGUGAGCUGCCAAACCAUCGACCGCAGGACGCUGCCCUGCCCGGGGCCCCCGAGCCCUACCUGUACCGGGAAGCUGUUUAUAACUCGGUGGCCGCAAGGAAGGGGUCCACUCCCGACUUCACCUUCUACGACAGCAGACAGGCAGUGAUGUCUGGUCGCAGCCCCCUGCUGCCUCGGGAUUACUACGGCGACCCGUCCGGAGCCAGGGUACCCAAAGAGCCUAUCUUCUAUCGGGACCCAGGAGUCAGCCGGCCGGUGCCCAACUACGCAGUACUUGGCAACCGAAUGCCGUGGGAUCAGAUACAAGGCCGGGUACCUCCUCUGCAGGACGCUGGUCACCUAUACCGGGAUCCUGGAGGUAAAAUGAUCCCUCAGGGGCAGCGGACACAGAGCAGGGCCCCAUCUCCUGGGCGGUAUGGACGAGAACUGGCUGACACCAGGUAUGGGGCCGAGGCACCUGCCUACCCCACCAACCAGGUCUACAACGACAUAGGUGAAAGGCCAGUGGAUUCUGCCCCUGCCAGACAGGUGGCCCCGACAUGCCUCGUGGUGGACCCAGGUUCGGCUGCUGCCUCGGAGGGCAGCACGGGCGUGGCCCCAGGUGCCCUGAAUCCAGGCUAUGGGCCUGCCCGGGAGAGCAUCCACUCGAAGGCGGCCUACGAGACUUACGAUGCCGACCUGUCUGCCUUCCAGGGUCCUGGUGGCAGGAGGAGCGUGUCUGUUGAGUUCCUGGCCUUCCUGCGGGCCGAGGGGGUGGCAGAGGCCACCCUGGCAGCUCUGCUUCAGCAAGGCUUUGACUCCCCAGCUGUCCUGGCCACCCUGGAGGACACGGACAUCAAGUCUGUUGCGCCCAACCUGGGCCAGGCCCGCGUCCUCAGCCGCCUGGCCAGCAGCUGCAGGACCGAGAUGCAGCUGCGGAGGCAGGACCGGGUGGGCCCCCUGCCCCGGACGAGGUCCAGCAGCUUCAGCCACCGGAGCGAGCUUCUCCACAGUGACUUGGCUUCCCUGGGCGCCACAGCCCUGCAGCCCCAGCCCGCGGCCCCGCUGCAGGCGGCGUCCCCCCGAGCUGGAGACGUAGCUCGCCGACCCUCCAGCGCGCCCUCCCAGCACCUCCUGGAGACGGCGGCCACCUACUCCGCCCCGGGGGUGGGUGCACAAGCUCCCCACUUCCCCUCCAACUCUGGGUACUGCUCUCCUACCCCUUGUGCCCUGACAGCGCGGCUGGGCCCCACGUACUCUCCACAGGCCGGGGUGGCCUUGACUAACCCAGGCCCCUCGAACCCCCUUCACCCAGGCCCCAGAACAGCCUACUCCACGGCGUACACGGUGCCCAUGGAACUGCUGAAGAGGGAGCGCAGCAUGGCCGCCUCCCCGCUGCCUAGCCCUCGCGGCAGCCCCCAGCUCCUGCGGAAGCCCGGUGUCCCCCUGGAGCCAUCCAGCCUGCCACCGGCCAGCCAGAGCCUCCACACGCCUCACUCCCCAUACCAGAAGGUGGCCCGGCGGACGGGCGCUCCCAUCAUCGUAGCCACCAUGCUCGCACCGGAACCGAGUAUCCGCCCCCAGAUCAUGAACGGCCCCCUGCACCCCCGCCCCCUGGUGGCACUGCUGGACGGCCGCGACUGCACCGUGGAGAUGCCCAUCCUGAAGGACCUGGCCACCGUGGCCUUCUGUGACGCCCAGUCCACUCAGGAGAUCCACGAGAAGGUGUUAAACGAGGCCGUGGGCGCCAUGAUGUACCACACCAUCACCCUCACCAGGGAGGACCUGGAGAAGUUCAAGGCCCUGAGAGUGAUCGUGCGGAUAGGCAGCGGCUACGACAAUGUGGACAUCAAGGCCGCGGGCGAGCUCGGGAUUGCCGUGUGCAACAUCCCGUCCGCCGCCGUGGAAGAGACAGCCGACUCCACCAUCUGCCACAUCCUCAACCUGUACCGGCGGAACACGUGGCUGUACCAGGCGCUGCGGGAGGGCACGCGGGUACAGAGCGUGGAGCAGAUCCGCGAGGUGGCCUCGGGAGCAGCCCGCAUCCGCGGGGAGACGCUGGGCCUCAUCGGCUUCGGUCGCACGGGGCAGGCGGUUGCCGUUCGAGCCAAGGCCUUUGGAUUCAGCGUCAUAUUUUAUGACCCCUACUUGCAGGAUGGGAUAGAGCGGUCCCUGGGCGUGCAGAGGGUCUACACCCUGCAGGACUUGCUGUAUCAGAGUGACUGCGUCUCCUUGCACUGCAAUCUCAAUGAACAUAACCACCACCUCAUCAAUGACUUUACUAUAAAGCAGAUGAGGCAAGGAGCGUUCCUCGUAAACGCGGCCCGCGGAGGCCUGGUGGACGAGAAAGCCUUAGCCCAGGCCCUCAAGGAGGGCAGGAUACGAGGGGCAGCCCUCGACGUACACGAAUCAGAACCCUUCAGCUUCGCGCAGGGUCCACUGAAGGAUGCACCAAACCUCAUCUGCACUCCGCACACGGCCUGGUAUAGUGAGCAGGCGUCACUAGAGAUGAGGGAGGCCGCUGCCACGGAGAUCCGCCGGGCAAUCACAGGUCGCAUCCCAGAAAGCUUAAGAAACUGUGUGAACAAGGAGUUCUUUGUCACGUCAGCCCCGUGGUCAGUAAUAGACCAGCAGGCGAUUCAUCCCGAGCUCAAUGGUGCCGCGUACAGAUACCCACCGGGCAUCGUGGGCGUGGCUCCGGGAGGACUUCCUGCAGCCAUGGAAGGGAUCAUCCCCGGAGGCAUCCCAGUGACUCACAACCUCCCUACAGUGGCACACCCUUCCCAAGCGCCCUCUCCCAACCAGCCCACAAAACACGGGGACAAUCGAGAGCACCCCAAUGAGCAAUAGCAGAGGAUGCCAGAAGGUAAUCGUUCAGAAAACCGGGACCAAGAGACAGUGGAAAAUAGACGAACUAAGAGGAAAGGAAUUUGACGGUCUUUUUAACUGAUUUUGGACAUACGCAUCAUUGAUGUUGCAGUGUUAAAACUACAAGAGCUAGAAAACUGAAGAUGUCGGCUUACGGAAGCGCUGAAAAGACUAGGACGUGAUUUAUUAACGACCAACUUCUGUUAUUGUGUGUUAAGUUUUUCAUCUGUGCAUCAAAUCACAAAGAAUAAAUAGAGCUUUUUCCUUUAUCAGUCCCUUGGGCACAGCAGGUCCUGAGCAUUCUGCUCUAGAAUGUUGCAUCAAGAGUUCCAAACAUCAAAAUAAAAAAUAUUAAGAGGAAAUCCCCAUCCUAUGACUCUAGUCCCUUCGGUCUACAGGGCCUGGUUACCUCUUUUUGCUAAUAGGAAGAUUAAAUUACUACAAAAUGGGGAGAAAACUGCCUGUGUUAGACAUCUGCACGCAUAGGAUUGAAGACAGUACAGGCUCCUGUACAGAGAAGUGUCUUUUUCACAUCUGAACUGCAUACUGAGCGGGCAAGUUGGUUGUAAGUUCAGUAAAACCCUCUGAUGAUGCAAAAAAAAAAAAAAAAAGUAUUAAGUUUCACAAGCUGUUUGUACUCAAAUAUAUUUUCUCAGUUUCAGAUCCUCAGCUAUUUUAUUGAGUGGAAAGUCUUGAACUAAAAGGGUUCAAGAAGAAUAAUGUUGCAUUUCCUUAUGUCUCAGGAAACACUUUUUAUGGUAACUUGUCAGAUUGUCUAUGAACAAACCCACUUUUUUAGACAUUGAUAAAGUCUUCUUUUCUUCACGUGAUAUUUUAUACAAGAACACUUCAGAUGUAUUAGAUGUGACUGAUUUUAACAAAUCCUAUUAGAUUUGUAUCAACUAGUUACAUGUUCUAUUCAUAGUCUUUUGUGAAUCAUUGCCUUUUGUUUAAAAAGAUGGCCUAUUUUGAGCCUUUGUAUAGGUACAUUCCUGUUUUUGUGACAAAAGAAAAACUUUAAAACUGUCCCAAACAGAAAAAUAAUGGCUAUCAGAAGUAUGUUUUGUUUUAGUGUGAGUUACCGUUACUGUAUUUGUUUAUUGUAAAGGUGGACAUUUAGCAUUCAGUGCAGUUUUCAAUAAAAAGUAAUUGAAAUUUC